CGCCAUUUUGAAUGUGGAUAGUGGAGUGUGGGAGGAAAAGGCUGAAGGAAGGAGGAGUGUUGGACUGAUUCAGAGGGACUUCAGCUUGAGAGGUGGAGGGGGAAAAAAACAAAGUGGUCAGAACACAUCCUCGGUUUAUUAUCGAGCAGAAUUUUUUUUUUAUAUUUUAUUUGCAAUAAAAUAAACCUCGGGAGAGAAAGUUCUCAGGAACCGCCGCUGAGAUUCCCUCCCUCCCUCUCUCUCUCUCUCUCGCCAUGGCAGGUGCCGGAGGCGGGGGUAAUGACGUGCAGUGGUGCUUCUCACAGGUCAAAGGAGCAAUCGAUGAUGACGUAGCUGAAGCUGAUAUCAUCUCCACCGUGGAGUUCAACCACUCAGGGGAGCUGUUAGCCACUGGAGACAAAGGCGGACGUGUCGUCAUCUUCCAGCAAGACACUGAGAACAAGGCACAGUGCCGCAGUGAUUACAACGUUUACAGCACGUUCCAGAGCCACGAGCCCGAGUUCGACUACCUGAAGAGUCUGGAGAUCGAGGAGAAGAUCAACAAGAUCCGCUGGCUGCCUCAGAAAAACGCCGCACAGUUUCUCUUGUCCACAAACGAUAAAACUAUAAAGUUGUGGAAGAUCAGUGAACGCGACAAGAGACCAGAGGGCUACAAUUUGAAAGAGGAGGAUGGCCGCUGCAGAGAUUCGACCACCAUCACUACUCUACGGGUGCCCGUGUUCAGGCCCAUGGACCUGAUGGUGGAGGCGAGUCCUCGGCGUGUUUUCGCCAACGCCCACACUUACCACAUUAACUCCAUCUCGGUAAACAGCGAUAACGAAACGUACCUGUCUGCCGAUGACCUGCGCAUCAACCUGUGGCACCUGGAGAUCACCGACCGCAGCUUCAACAUCGUGGACAUCAAGCCAGCCAACAUGGAGGAGCUGACGGAGGUGAUCACGGCGGCCGAGUUCCACCCGCACCAGUGCAACACUUUCGUCUACAGCAGCAGCAAAGGCACCAUCCGCAUGUGUGACAUGCGCGCCUCGGCACUCUGUGACAAACACUCCAAACUGUUCGAGGAGCCAGAAGACCCCAGCAACCGCUCUUUCUUCUCAGAAAUCAUCUCUUCCAUCUCGGACGUGAAGUUCAGCCACAGCGGCCGCUACAUGAUGACCCGAGAUUAUCUGUCCAUCAAGAUCUGGGACCUGAAUAUGGAGAACCGGCCAGUGGAGACGUAUCAGGUUCACGAAUACCUCAGGAGUAAGCUGUGCUCGCUCUAUGAAAACGACUGCAUCUUCGACAAGUUUGAGUGCUGCUGGAGCGGGAACGACAGCGUGGUGAUGACUGGAUCGUACAACAACUUCUUCCGCAUGCUGGAGCGCACGCAGCGGCGAGACGUCACCCUGGAGGCGUGUCGCGAGAGCUGCAAGCCCCGGCAGGUGCUGAAGCCGCGGCGCGUGUGCGCCGGCGGGAAGAGGAAGAAGGACGAGAUCAGCGUGGACAGCCUGGACUUCAACAAGAAGAUCCUGCACACGGCCUGGCACCCGCACUCCAACAUCAUCGCCGUGGCAACCACCAACAACCUCUACAUCUUCCAGGAGAAGGGCAACUAGGAGCGACCAACCUCACACACCUGUGAGAAAAAGUGAAAGAGGAACUAGAGAAAAUAGGUUUUUUUUUUUUGUGACAAGCAUCACCACUACUGUCAUUUUUAUCAUCAGGACGGGGCGGGGCAAACUGGCGCCAUCACGCUGUACCGAGUCAGCCGUGACGCACGCCGUCCACUCUGCACCCACAAUCCUCUCCUCUUCUCCGUCAGGCCUGGCGACGUAGCCGCGUUGGCCACAGAUUCUGAAAUUAGCCUUUUUUUUUUUUUUUUUUGCUGUUUUUUGUUUUUUGUACUUCUCCUUCGAACUAGGAAUGUGCUGAUCGGUUUCGCAAUACAGCGCAAUAUUUGCUUAUUAUUAUCGUUUACUUUGCAAACGCACAUAAGGGAGAAAUUCCAUCAUUCUGUGCACCGGAUGAGGAUGAGUUCCAGCCGCCUCUGCAAUACGAUACUGUAUUGUAAUAUUUAAUAUCGGCGCAUUCCUAAUUUGAACGAACGAGUCCCUGUAUUGUUUCCACCUCAGCUCUUUUUGUGCCAUUCAAAGUUUUUAAAUCUUCUCAGUGAAAUUGCCAAGUUGUUUUUAGGUUGUUUUAAAUUCUGUUUUAAAGAAUUUUCUUUCUGCUCAAUAAAUUCUCCUCGAUACUGUACUGAAACCACAUGGUUCCAUCCAGCCAUUCAUUCCCCAAAAUACACACGAUUCUUUUAACAUGCAUUCAUACAUAGUCUCACACACACACAGAACAAAGAAGGCCAGUCUUGGUGCAGAUGAGCCCGUGGCAGUAUUGUAGUCGUGUGAUUUUUGUUUGCCACCGUCUGUCCUUGAUCUGCUCCAACAGACUGAACUUUUGUUGUAUUUUUCUGUUCCCACCUCUCUGUCUGUCUCUCGUUACAAGCUGAGAAAGAUUAUAGAGAUUAUGACGAUGGAAAAAAUGGUAUUUAUAAACUGAACAAACAUUA